AUGGAACACCCCUUGUCCGAUCAUGACUUGAAUAGGAGCUCUGGAAAGGACCUCUAUGCUCGCGUCACUCACUUAGCAUCUAUGGACUGGAGAAAUCAAAGCCACGCUUUCAGUGCUGCUGUGGGUGCUUAUGGGGAAGCCAUUCAGGCACGCCGUGUUUUUCAUCAGUAUUUGUCAACUAUUCGCCCAACAUCCUGGCAAGGGCCCCUCGUGCAUUACAACAGCUGGUACGAUUUCACAUCGUGGCAAGACCAGUCCUUCUUUGACCCCCAGCGUGCCGCAACGGUGCAGCAAAGCCUUUGGCUAAAACAGUUGUUGGCCGAGCUGUCACAAGACCAAAUGAAUGAGACUGCAGCCAUCAAGAAAAUCCACAUCUUUAAUGAUGAGCUCGGCAAGCGUGGGGUGCGCAUCGAUUCGUUCUUGUGGGAUGAUGGCUGGGAUGAUCCUCAGCGAGGGAUGUGGGCGUUCAAUGUGGAUAGAUUUCCAGAUGGCUUUGACAACCUUGCGCGCGUGGCUGAUGAAAGGAAUUGUAGCAACGGCAUCUGGCUGUCACCUUGGGGCGGCUAUGGCAAGGCCAAGGACGUGCGGGUAGCUGAGGCCAAGCGCCAAGGCUUGGAAGUGAACGAGCGGUUUGAGGAAAAGACUUGGGGAGACUUCCUGGAAUCAGACCUGAAGUUCACAGCAGCAGCUGCGAGCUUCCGGCACAAAGCGGCCGUGAAUCUCUUCAAGUUCGACGGCAUUGCUGGCGAUCCGACUGAAGUACCCGGUGAGAUUGAGGCCAUGCUCUCUUUUUCCCAUUCCCUGCGGCAAGUGGUGGACAGCAUCUGGCGUGGUCACAGGGAUGUGCUUGCGUUUUCAGCAGAUGAGCGGUGCAUCAUCUCUGCGGCCAUAGUGCAGAGGGCACGCUUCUUCCCAAUAGCACGUUUGAUGAUCCAUGGCACCGUUUUGUCGAAGCAUGGUGAUGCUCGGGCGCUCGGGCUUCACAUUGCCAACGAGUUGGACUGGGCACAGGAGGUUUGGUCACAUGCUUCUUUGGGCCUGCUGCUCCAGGAGUUGUACAUAUCGCCAGACCUGAUGGAUCCGGGUCGUUGGGAUGUGCUUGCGGAGGCGCUCAGAUGGGCACGGGACCACCAUUCAACGCUUGAAGACAUGCACUGGGCCGUCGGUAGUGGAUGCGGCCAGGAGCCCUAUGGCUGGGCGGCCUGGCGGGAUGGUUUGGGCUUUCUUACAUUGCGUAAUCCCACGGCAUCCCGCCUGAAGACAGAGCUGUUCAGGCUAAAGGAUGCCUUUGAGCUGCCAUUGAACGGGCCGGUCCAGCUUGAGUAUCGCGUCGUUAAGCGGUUUGCUGGGUCCUCAUCUCCGUCCUGGCAAUGUAGCUCCUUACAGGGGGGCAAGAAGGCGACAGGCCAUCAAGGCAGUUGUCUUGUGAUUCUGGAGCAGCAGACCCAGGUAAGCCUGGACGCCGCCGAGCUGCUAAUUCUCGAGUUCGGAGCCCCCUCUGGGCCUGAACACGAAAUCCUGAGCACGAGAACGGACUUGUGA